AUGAAAUGCAGGACGAAAAUAAUUCCGUAUGUCAUAACUUGGGAUGGUGUUGUGACGAACUUCCACAAACGCUGUGUGAAGCAGAGCAGUCUAUCUGACCACGUCGAGGCAUACAUUCAAUCGACAGUACUCAAGAAAACGCCAUGGAUUCGAUUAGGAAGAAGUGAGAACGAUAGGCACAACAAAUCUGAGCGCAGGACAAGUACUGCCAAAGUGCCGGAAUGCGAUCCAGAGCUAGAAUCAAUAGAGCGAAAAAAUAUAUAUAUAUAUUAA